AUGGAGUGGUGCAAUCCGUUCUCGUCGUCAGCACUCCUGACGUUAGAACAAUGUGAGUGCGGGACGCUGGCACAGCACGAGGUGGUGGAAAAGGAGGAUCCACCCCCGAUCAAUCCAUACGACAUACUUCACCUUCGACGAGACGCCACCACAUCGGAAGUUCGCAAGGCAUUUCGCAGAUUGGGCUUGUUACAUCACCCAGGUAGAACCUGCACCGACGAAGAGCAACAGCAGCGAAGGAUACAGUUAUUUGAUCUACUGUCAGCUGCUUAUGAAACCUUGGUGAACAAAGAAGCGAGGCGAAGGUACGACUUGCAUCUGAGCUCUAUGGAAAACAGGAAAUACACUAGAGGUUUGGCAGGAGAGAUGUAUGUUGGAGGCAAACGUAUGGGGACUCGGAAUUUGGCAGGCGAUAUUUUUGUUGGGGGCCGUUUGGCAACAAGCAGACACAGUCUCAUACUUGCCAAUUCUGAAUCCGAGGCUGAACCUGAAGUAGUGGUUCCGGAAUUGGUUCGGUCCGAUUCUGCGUCAACAUUUUCUUCCGUGGCCUCUGGUGAAUCCUUUGGGGAUGCGUCUGUCGCGUCGACGAAUAUAAGCAAGAAAGAUGACGGAACAAAGAGAACAGCUCAGUUGAAUCGAAUAGAUUUCGUUGAACAGCAAAGAAAUCAAAUUUCAGAAGAGGAAAAAGAGCGAAUCCUGGAAGGACCAUUGAAAGACCUCUUUGAGGCUCGUGGAUGCGUACCAUUUUCAGAUUCGUUGGUCGUCUUUGAACAAGUCUUCGGAAGCAAAGUUUUUGAAACCCCUAUUCGGCCAUUGACACCAACUGCCUCUUGGGAUGAGAUCAAAAGCUUGUCCUCCUAUCCUGCUGGGUGGGAAGGAUCAUCCAAGACCUCACCAGACGGAAGAACCCGAGUAUUUACCACAACUCGUAUCUUGUAUGGCAAGAGAGUUACCCGGAUAGAGACCUUUACUGACGAUCCAGUAACAGGAGCUCGAACCAAAUCUAUGAUUGUUACUUCGCAACCAAUCCAGAAGGAUGUAGUUGAAGAAGAAGUACAGGCAUGCUUCACUGUUUGCGGCAACGGAGCAGCCCCGAGAAUUGAGCAAAAGAUGAGUGACGAAGAACCACUCUUGCUGAAGAACGAGGAAGAACCAUCCUCCUCCUGCUUCUGCAAAGAUCUUUUGCACAGCUAUUGUGAACUAUGCUCGCAGCUGUAUGAUGAAUUCCGCAUGAUUGGGCUUGGAUAUUUUAACAUUUUAACAUGA